AACGGUCCUAUUCCCUCCGCCCGGGGCCAGUUGGCGAUUGAUUGAGAAGGGCAGCUUCGGUGCAACGGCCAAUCCCACCCCCCGCGGGUCGCCUGUCCCGGACACUCGUGGGGGUGUCUAACGAAACACCCAGAAUGGGUCGCGCGGAGUCUCUUUCCCCGAAACGGGCUGAGAGUUUCGGAGAAGCCAGCGGAGAUUUCGCAACUGGGGAGGGGGAGUUCCCAGCCCAAUGAAGCCAGUGGGCGGGCGUAUCUUUGGCCCACUCCCCCGCGGGACAACAACAAGGGGGCGCGGGGAGGGAAGCGGACCGAUGACCCACCCAGCAUCCCAGCUCCAAAGGAGGGGAAGGAGGAGCGCAGGCGGACCCGCGCAGAAGUUCACUAUGUCCCGUUGGUUGCUGUUGUGCGUGUUGCUAGUCCUGAUUGAGUUCGGCCGGCCGGCCGCGCUGCAAAACGCCCUGGAGAAAGUCCUGGAGGAUUUCCACGGGCGGAACCUGGUCCAGGCGGCUUUCCGAGGGGAGACGGCCAGAGAAGUGGUGGAGGAGUUACCGAUGGGCACCUAUGUCCAGUUGGAAGUCGACCUUGUCCAGACCGUUUGCAAAAAACAUCAGUGGAGGAGCCAAAACUGCCAGAUCAAAGCGGGCGGCAGGAGACAGAAAUGCCUAGCUUGCUUCAAGUUUGAUGUCGCCAAUCCCAGGACCCUCAUCAACAAAUCCCUCCGAUGCUUAUCUGAACACAAUCCCGUCUUCCAGGAAGUGAGAAGGCAGCAAGAAGAGGAAUGCCGGGCCAUCAAAUCGGCCAACGAAGACCAAUACCACCCCGGGAAGUUUGCCUUUUCUAUUGGACUUCCUUCCUGAUCGUUCCCAGCACACCUGGCCAGAGCUGCGCAGACUUGGCUGACUGGCAUCCAGCGGACAUCUGGGCAUCGUCCCUCUCCGACAGAAGUCCACUGUUCCAGAAGCAUUAACCCCUCCCCUCCCUCACAAUUCUCCCAAUAAAAUUGCAAGUUGAGUUUUCA